CAGUCUCAGCCCCUCCCUGUGUAGAAGUGUACAGAUCUGGUUACUUUCAUUUCUCUCGUUUGCUCUCAGCAAUGGCGUCUGCUGAUCUGAGGAAGGAGCUGGAAUGUUCCGUCUGUCUGGACUAUUAUACAGAUCCUGUAACCCUGAAAUGUGGACACAACUUCUGCCAGGACUGUAUUGGUCGUGUGUUGGAUACACAGAGGGGGUCUGGAGGUUAUUCCUGUCCUGAAUGUAAACAAAGCUUACAGAAACGUCCUAUUCUUCAGAGGAAUCUGAAACUACGUAACAUAGUGGAGAAUUUCCAGUCUACCCAUCCAGAUCAGGAGGAGACCAGGGUCUUCUGUACUUACUGUAUUCACACUCCUGUACCUGCUGUGAAAUCCUGUCUGCUGUGUGAAGCUUCUCUGUGUAACAAUCACCUGAGAGUCCACAGCAAGUCACCAGAACACGUCUUAUUAGACCCCACCACUUCCCUGGAGAACAGGAAAUGCGCCGUCCAUAAGAAGAUCCUGGAGUAUUACUGCACUGAGGACUCCACCUGUAUCUGUAUGUCUUGUUGUCUGAUUGGAAAUCACAUCAGCCAUAAGAAGGAAUCCCUGGAUGAAGCCUCUAAGAUGAAGAAGAAGAAACUGAGGAAUGUUCUGCAGAAACUGAUGACAGAGAGAAAGGAGAUGGAGAAAAGUGUCCAGAGUCUGCAGGAACACAGGAGGAAAGUACAAGGAAAAGCAGAUGAUGAAACAGAGAGAGUCACUGCCCUGUUCAGAGACAUCAGGAGACAUCUGGAAGACCUGGAGAAGAGAGUCCUGAGAGACAUCUCCGGGCAGGCAGAGCGGGUCUUCCUGUUAAUCAAUGAUCUGGUCUAUGAUCUGGAAAUAAAGAAGGAGGAGCUGUCCAGGAAGAUGGGGGACAUUAAGGAGCUGUGUAACAUGAGGGAUCCACUGACUGUCCUACAGGAAUCAGACACAGGUGACUUGUGUGAUGCUGAGGAUGGAGAUGAGGACAGAUUGAGACAUGAUAAACUCCUCCAUGAUGGAGGGUAUCUGGAUGUGGCGGGGAUCUCACACACAUUACACACAGGUUUAUCUGUUAUUAUGUCUCGGGUAAAUGUAGAGAAACGUACAGGCACACAUGUCUAUCCACAUUCUACUACAAAGGUCAAUGCUGAACCAUCCAGGAGACGUCCCCAACCCUCUCCCACCAUAAAACACUCACACCUCCAGGCUGGAGGACCAAAUAUUGGGGUCGUACAGCAAACACAGAGGGUGUCGGGGGUUACAGACAUAUUACUGGAUGUGAGGACAGCUGGUAAUCAUCUACAUAUAUCAGAUAACGGGAAAAUUGCAACCGUGACAUGUCAGAGCCAGAAUCGCCCAGAAACACCAGAGAGAUUUGAGUAUUAUCAGGGGAUUAGCAGUCAGAGUUUCUCCUCAGGGAGACAUUACUGGGAAGUGGAUGUCAGGGAAGCAAGGAAAUGUAGAGUCGGGAUGUGUUACUCCAGUAUAGAGAGGAGAGGAGGUCAGUCACUGAUUGGAGAUAAUAAGAAGUCCUGGUGUUUGGAGGGGUUGUUGGAUCAUUACUCAAUGAUACAUGACAGUAAUAAGAUCCGAUUACCCCGUGGUGUCUCCAGUAAGAGAGUCGGGAUAGAUCUGGAUUAUGAGGCCGGGCGGAUCUCCUUUUAUGAUAUGUGUAACCCGAUCCGACACCUCCACACCUACACCACCACCUUCACUGAGCCCCUCCAUGCUGGGGUAUGGGGAGGGGGAGGUCAAAUAAAGAUAUGUGGGGGGAAUCAGAAGUGAGAGAUCUGCCCAGAGACAUCACAAGGUGUAUUAUCUGAUUGUGCAAUACUCAUCCAAUAAGAGGAAGCAGAGAACAGGAAACAUGACUGAUUUAUUUAUAAAGCUGCAGGUUGUGGGGCCGUCGUCUUCAUCCUAAACCUCACUUCACUACCUAGUAUGUCACUGACCAGGAACACGCAUGCGAGAGGGCAGAGUGUUCAGACUUCACUGGCUGCAUGCUUGUUCUGGGUCAGUCACACACUACAUAGUGUAGCCAGGAUCAGGAUGACGGCCCUGGAGUCUGCACCAUCACUGUGUAUCUAUAACAAAAAUAGUUUUUUCAGCUUUAGAUGGAGUGGGGAAGGAUUUGAACCUCUGUCAGGUUGUUACUGCUAUCCAGGGAUCCUUUAGAGAUCUUCCGUCACUUCCUGUCUCAAUGACAACACCAGACAGGAAGUGAGGGGAACUCUCUAACAGCAACACAGAUAGAUAUAGAAAUAAUUUCUUUAGUAGAGUAGGGGAAAGGUUAGAUUGUUAUUUCUGUCUGUGUCCCUGUUGUAGAUUUCCUUCAUUUCAUGUCUGAUAAAAUGUUGUCACCAGGACAGGAAGUGUGGGGAAUUCUCUCUAAUGGAGCCCCAGAUAGGUUUUUAAUGCUGACAGGUGUUCUAAUCCUCCCCCACAUGUAGAACAAUAGGAUUUGUCUAGACACACACUUUAAUAUCCACAAUGAGAAUUCCUACAUUUCUUUACAUGACCAAUCCAUGGAUCUGUGAUUGGUCCUCCCCCUCCCUGUGAUUGGCUAUGAUGAUUGUCACUGAAUACAGCCAGUGCUAGUCUUGUUCCUAUUGGUUAUGAUGUAGAGGGGGCGGGAUUGUGACCGGGGGGUAUAAAGUCUCAGAAAGUGGAAAUCCUCGGCUCUGUAUAUGGGAAUAUUGAUAAAUGAUUAGAUAUAAUGAUUGGAGGGAUUGGACGCAGGAGCAGAUUAACAUAGGGGCUAUUGGAGCUGCUCCACCAGGGUUGUAGCUUGGCCACCAGGGGUCACAGAGACCACUGAUUAAAAUGUGGGGAUGCUAUAAUUUAUGGUUCCGGAGAUACAGGGCUGCUUGCGCAGCCGGUCAGAAGCUACAUACAGAGCGGCCAGUAUAAACACAAGCUGGCACACUCUGCAGCAGACUGGGAGGAUGAGCUCACAGUGCUUAUAAUAAUUAUGUGUAUAUUACUUAUGCUAAUUAACCCUUUGCCACCCAGGCCAAUUCUAAUGCCGGGUACACACGGACGUUUUUUGUGAUAAAAAAAACGUAAUUUUUUCU